CCGGGCCGUAUAAAGUUUGCUGUCUCCUUUGUUCGCCCUCGUUGCGCAGUAGUGCGAGCGCCUUACAGCUUCCGUUCUCAGGAUCGGCUGCCCUCCCGCGUGCCGAGCUGCUAGGAAGCCGCUGUUGGCGAGCUCGCAGGAGCUUGAGACCGUCGUCACCUCUCCAGUACAUCUUAACCAGGGGGGAAAAAUGGUUGAGGCAGAUCGCCCAGGAAAGCUCUUUAUCGGUGGCCUCAAUACAGAAACCAAUGAGAAAGCCCUUGAAGCAGUAUUUGGCAAAUAUGGACGAAUAGUGGAAGUUCUCUUGAUGAAAGAUCGUGAAACCAACAAAUCUAGAGGAUUUGCUUUUGUCACCUUUGAAAGCCCAGCAGAUGCUAAGGAUGCAGCCAGAGACAUGAAUGGAAAGUCCUUAGAUGGAAAAGCCAUCAAGGUAGAACAAGCCACUAAACCAUCAUUUGAAAGUGGUAGACGUGGACCACCUCCACCUCCAAGAAGCAGAGGCCCUCCCAGAGGCCUUCGGGGAGGAAGAGGAGGAAGUGGAGGAACCAGGGGACCUCCAUCCCAUGGAGGGCACAUGGAUGAUGGUGGCUAUUCCAUGAAUUUUAACAUGAGUUCUUCCAGGGGACCACUUCCGGUAAAAAGAGGACCACCACCACGAAGUGGGGGUCCUCCUCCUAAAAGAUCUGCCCCUUCAGGACCAGUUAGAAGCAGCAGUGGAAUGGGAGGAAGAGCUCCUGUAUCACGUGGAAGAGAUAGUUACGGAGGUCCACCUCGAAGGGAGCCCUUGCCCUCUCGUAGAGAUGUUUAUUUGUCCCCAAGAGAUGAUGGAUAUUCUACUAAAGACAGCUAUUCAAGCAGAGAUUACCCAAGUUCUCGUGAUACAAGAGAUUAUGCACCACCACCAAGAGAUUAUACUUACCGUGAUUAUGGUCAUUCCAGUUCACGUGAUGACUAUCCAUCAAGAGGCUAUAGUGAUAGAGAUGGCUAUGGUCGUGAUCGUGACUAUUCAGAUCAUCCAAGUGGAGGUUCCUACAGAGAUUCAUAUGAGAGUUAUGGUAACUCACGUAGUGCUCCACCUACACGAGGGCCCCCGCCAUCUUAUGGUGGAAGCAGUCGCUAUGAUGAUUACAGCAGCUCACGUGACGGAUAUGGUGGAAGUCGAGACAGUUACUCAAGCAGCCGAAGUGAUCUCUACUCAAGUGGUCGUGAUCGGGUUGGCAGACAAGAAAGAGGGCUUCCCCCUUCUAUGGAAAGGGGGUACCCUCCUCCACGAGAUUCCUACAGCAGUUCAAGCCGCGGAGCACCAAGAGGUGGUGGCCGUGGAGGAAGCCGAUCUGAUAGAGGGGGAGGCAGAAGCAGAUACUAAAAACAAACAACUUGGACCAAAAUCCCUGUUCAAAGAAACAAACAAAAGUGGAACCUGUUCUAUCAUAACUACCCAAGGACUACUAAAAGGAAAGAUUGUGUUACUUUUUUUAAAUUUCCUGUUAAGUUCCCUUUCCAUAAUUUUUAUGUUCUUGUGAGGAAAGAAAGUAAAACAUGUUUAAGCUUUGA